GCCAUUUAAUCCUUAAACAUAUUUUGAGGUUCGAAAAAACUUUAUAAGUAUUAAGGCCUCGUAAUGAGCGGGUCUUCGAAGUUCAGCGGAGUGGACGUCUUUUGAUGGAGUUGAGUCCCGCUGACUCUGCUGACUGUUCGGUCCUGCAGAAUAAGGAAAAUAAUGUGUGCAGUGAGCCAACAACAGACUGCUUGAAUAGCAAGAUUGUUAAACAAUGUGAAUUUUAUUUCUCGGAUGCAAAUAUUCUGAAAGAUCAAUAUCUUCUAAAUUUAGUCAAGUCAUCCAAAGAGGGAUGGGUGAAUCUUUCUGUAAUUGCGAAUUUUAAAAAGAUUCAAUCUUUGUCAACGGACCUGGACGUUGUUCGACAGUCACUAACAGCCUCAACUAAACUUGAAUUAUCAGAAGAUGGGACAACAAUUCGGCGCGUUGACCCCUUACCCACAUGGGAUAGGUCCGUUUACUUCCGUACCAUCAUAUUGUCAGACUUUCCAGAAAAUUCAGAUGUUACUGUAGAAAGUAUUCAACAGUUCUUCACGGUAAAUGGCCAUCCUCCAUCUUUAGUUCGUGUUUUGUUUCCAAAUCGCAAGAUACCGUCUGAUCUUAAACGUUCACAAAUAUUGCACAAGCAACUGGGUGUUAAGGUGUGCGCCGUUGUCGAAUUCCCCAGUCAACCUGAUGCAUUAGAAGCAAUUAAUUUAUCUCUCUCUCAGUGGGGGAACAUUUAUGCAUAUCUAUUGUGUCAUGGCAAUAAAAAACUGAUUAAAAACCAGCCUAAACAAAAGACAAUUCCGAAUACCACUAAUUCCAAAGAUGUUGCUGAUAACAAAGCUGACCCCACUCAUAAACCAAUUCUACGAUGUCUGGAUCGUCUUGGCAACAAUACUGUUCAUGUGUCUCAUGUCCGAGAGCCAAUAGGUCCACCAACUGAAGAAAGUACUGGUUUUUUCCCUGGUUGGCGUGAACUACUCCGGUUACAGCGAAUGCUGAUUCGUGACGGGGCCGAGGUAAAUAAAUCCUCAGGAACGGAACUUCAGUCACUGGACAGUGCGAUUGUUUGUAUAGACUCUGGUACGAUCUGCGCUUCUUAAAAACCACCAGUCACACUUUACAGAAGUAUGCCGUUCCUGUUUUUAGUGAUAACAGCAUCCUCUAUGGUCAUUCAUAAUUCAUCUGAACCCUUAAUUUUCCGUUUUUGCGACAUAUACGCCUGAUUCAGAACAAAAUACAGUCCAUUUUCCUAACAAUUCGGUGACACAUUCCUAUUUUGCGAGAGAUUUUUCUGUAGUUAAACAGACAAACUAUAUUUUUCAUCCAGCUAUUUCAGAGUACUUGUUUCAAUUCCUUUGAUGAAAUUUUGCCUGUAAUCCAACCAAUAUAUGCCUCUUCACAAGUAAUAUGACAAUUGAGAUGAAUUAUAAUUAUGUAAAGUAUGAUUGCUAUAAAAACUGCUCAUAAAGACUUUAGAGAUAUCUUCCACUGCCUGAUUUUGAUAUAUUGUUAUUUUUCCAAAAUCAGUUAUUAAGCAUGAGUUGUAUUAUUAUUCGGAUUUGGACGAC